AUGGAUAAGAGUUGGACUUCUAAUAAGAAUAGACUAUCUACCAAGUUUAUCAAUGGAUUGAAGAACUUCAUUACAUUAUCAAGAGAUCACUUGAAUGAUGAGAAUAAGAUUCGAUGUCCAUGUGUCAUGUGUAUGAAUUUAUACUUUCAUGACUUGGAGACAAUUGAGCGUCAUAUCUUCGUAAAAGGAUUUUAUACCCACUAUGUUAAAUGGGUACAUCACGGGGAGAAUAUUGUAGAUGAAAGUGAUGGUGAGGAUGAUGCUAAUGAUUUCGAUGAUCUUGAAGAUGUUGAUGAUCUUGAUGAUGUCGAUGAUGCUGAAGAGAGUGACAAUAAUUACACUAGUGAUGAUGAUAUGAUCCCAGCGAUUGAAGAUUUAACUCAACAAGACCCUACAAAGAGUAAUUUUGCAAACUUUGGGGAUUCAACUCACCGAAAAGAGAAGGGGCAAAAAUUUCAUAACUUAUUUGCUGAAGUAGAAAAAGAGUUGUACCCUGGAUGUAAAAAGUUCACAAGUUUAACAUUCAUCGUUAAGCUAAUGCAUAUAAAAGUGUUGACUAGUACUAGCAUCAAAGCAUUUGACAUGUUACUCAAGCUUCUUAAGGAAGCAUUUCCUGAUGAUAACAAAAUCCCAAAUACUUAUUAUGAUGUUAAGAAAAUAUUACAUGAUCUUGGUUUAGGAUAUGAAACAAUUCAUGUAUGUGAACAUGAUUGUUCCUUAUAUUGGAAAGACAAUAAAGAUGCUGAAAAUUGUCAUAUUUGUGGUCAUGAAAGAUAUAAGUUUAAAGGAACCAAAGGCAAGAAAAUACCACAUAAAAAGAUGCAUUAUUUUCCUAUAACUCCACGUUUGCAACGACUUUUUAUGUCAAGACAUACAUCAUCAGAUAUGAGGUGGCACAAAGAAGAACGUGUUGAUACUGAAGGUGUACUUAGACAUCCGGCAGAUGCAGCGGUUUGGAAGGAUUUUGAUAAGCAAUACCCCGAUUUUGCUAAAGAACCUCGAAAUAUUAGGUUAGGAUUUGCAACUGAUGGGUUUAAUCCUUUUGGUGAUUUAUCAAACUCGUAUAGUAUGUGGCCAGUAAUACUAAUGCCAUAUAACAUGCCGCCAUGGAUAUGUAUGAAACGAGAAUUCUUAAUGAUGUCAUUACUAAUUCCUGGGCGUCGUGCUCCUGGUAAGGAUAUAGAUGUCUAUUUACAACCCUUAAUCGAAGAGUUAAAAGAAUUGUGGGAGAAAGGGGUACAAACUUUUGAUGUUGUCGAUAAAACAUACUUUAUCAUGCGUGCUGCUAUAUUAUGGACAAUUAAUGAUUUUCCUGCAUAUGGCACUGUGUCUGGGUAUAGCACUCAAGGGUAUAAGGCAUGUCCUAUUUGCGAGGAUGACACAUCUUCAUUUCGAAUUAGGGGUAAAAUUUGUUACAUGGGACAUCGUCGAUAUUUGUGUGCUGAACAUGAGUGGCGCACUGAUAAGGAGUACGAUGGUACAAUUGAAAGACGGUCUCCCCCUAGAAAAUUAACAGGUGAUGAAAUUGCAGAUAAAUUGGACCAUCUGUGGACAUGUAGGCCAGGUAAAUAUGUCGAUAUUAUGAAUGAUGAUAAAAACCAAAUGAAGAAAGCAGGCUAUGAAAAUAAAACAAAUUGGAGGCGUAAAAGUAUAUUUUGGGAAUUAGAAUACUGGCCUAAAUUAAAACUAAGGCAUAAUUUGGAUGUGAUGCAUAUUGAGAAAAAUAUAUGCGACAGUGUUAUUGGAACAAUAUUUAGCAUUGAUGGGAAGUCUAAGGAUACCGACAAUGCACGAUUGGACUUACAAGAUUUGAAAAUUCGUAAACAAUUGCAAAUGAAAAGGCAAGGAAACAAGUGGGUGAAACCAGCAGCUUGUUAUACGUUAUCAAAGAAGGAACGCAAGAAAAUUUGUGAGUUCUUACAAUCUAUCAAAUUUCCAGAUGGAUAUGCUGCAAAUUUGUCUCGCAAUGUUAAUAUGAAAGAUGGGAAGAUAACUGGGUUGAAAAGUCAUGAUUGUCACAUCUUAUUACAAAUGUUGUUACCCAUUAGUGUAAGACCAUAUUUGAAAAAAAAAAUGAUGUCUGUGAUUGCUGAAUUGUCCUUAUUUUUUCAAAAACUAUGCGCAAGGACAUUGUAUGUGAAAGAUUUAGAUGCUUUGGAAGAGGGCAUUGUGUUCACACUAUGUAAGAUGGAAAGAAUUUUCCCUCCUGCAUUUUUUGAUGUAAUGAUUCAUCUAGCGGUGCACUUGCCAAUGGAAGCUAAGUUAGGAGGUCCAGUACAAAUGCGAUGGAUGUAUUCAAUUGAAAGGGAAAUAGGUCAUUUGAAAAAGUAUGUAAAGAACAAAGCUCGCCCUGAAGGUUCUAUAGCUGAAGGAUAUAUUAUUAGUGAGGCAUUAAAUUUUUGUUCAAUGUAUCUUCAUGGCAUAGAAACCCGCUUCAAUCGUCCAGAUCGAAAUCCAGAUGAGGUUGGGGUAAGAAGACAAUCAACAUUGUCUAUAUUCAAUAUGCCAACUAGACCAUUUGGACAACAAUCAUCAAUCUCAAUAACUGAAGAACAACGGAAUAUGGUACAUUGGUACAUUGUGAAUAAUUGUCCUGAGUUGGAGCCAUAUUUAAAAGAACAUAGAUUGUUUUUACAAUCCAAAGGCGUUUCAGAUAUUGAUCAAGCACAAAAGCAAGAAUUUCCAUCUUGGUUUGAAGAUAAAGUUAAAAGAAUGAAUGAAAUAUCAUAUUCUAAAGCCCAAGAUGAUUUGUAUGCCAUUGCAAUUCAGCCUAAUUUUUCGAUUUGCACAUAUGCUGGUUGUAUGGUUAAUGGAGUUAGAUAUCACACAAAAACUCGAGAUGAAAGACGCAUUACUCAAAAUUGUGGAAUUCGAGUUGAGGCAGAAUAUGAUGGGAACCUUUAUGAUUUUUAUGGUGUCAUCAAUGAAAUAUGGGAAGUACAUUAUAUCUAUUUUAAUAGGGUGAUAUUAUUCAAAUGUUCUUGGUAUAACACCAAUGAGAGUGACCAUAGAAUUUAUACUGAGUAUAACAUUACUAGUAUAAAUGUUGCCUCACAAUGGUUUGAAGAUGAACCAUUUGUCCUUGCAAACCAAGUUAAUUCAGUAUUCUAUUUAGACGACGUAAAAAGAGGUGAAAAUUGGAAAGUGGUGCAAAAGGUAAACCAUCGUCAUAUUUGGGAAAUACCAUCAAAGCCACAAGAUAGUAAUUCUGAUGAUGUUGGACCCGUUACUACUAAUCGUGAAGCAUAUCAAGAAGAAUUCUCAAGCGACAUUGAUAUUACAUUUGAUUCAACAAAUGUUGAUGAUAUUCUUAUUCGGCAAGAUAUUGACGAAAUUGAAAUCGAUGAUAUUGAUUACAAUGAAUGUCAAAACGAAUUAGACAAUGAGGAUAUUGAUGAAGAAGCAUUACUUAGUGAUUCAGAAGAUGUAACCGAUAGUGAUGAAAGUGAUUAA